ACAUGAAGCAUUUAACAGUAGCUGUCUUUGAGAACAUUCAGCUAUGACCUGAAAUGUCCUGAUCCUGGGGAAAAAAUGGGAUUCCAUUAAUUAAGUCUAUAAUUUUAAAAUGGAUUUUUAUGACUAAUAAUAUUUGCUUAUGCACAACACGGAUACAGGAAUUCCUAAAUCGGAGAUUAGUUUAACACAUACACACAUUUGUGUUUCUGGAUUUGGUAUGCAAAUUACAUCGUUUUAAUCAAAUUCUGAAUACUCUUUUAAAUUCACUAUGUUCAUUAGUCAAUGAAGACUUGUCAAGAAGAAUUUGUCAUCCAUGGACAAGAGUAAAGUAGCUUCCCCCAGAAUGGAUGGUAAUUUCUUAUUGGGUAAAAUCACUAACUUCAAAGUUGAGCAAGAGGAAGACAGCAUGAACUGUGCUCUAGAAAGAAUAGAUGUAAAAACAGAACAAGAUGAUUUCAAACAUGCGGACAGCAGCGAUGAACAGGAAGACAAAGAAAAGAACUUCAUUUCUAACAAUGCGGGCAAAUACUUAUCUACAGAAAAUGAGGAUGAUUAUGGAUCUCUUUUUUCUCAGUAUAGUAGUACACUGUAUGAUGUAGCAAUGGAAGCUGUGACACAAAGCCUCCUUUCUAGCAGAAACAUAAGCUCCAGAAAAAAGUCACCUGCUUGGAACCAUUUUUUUAUAUCUCCUAGAGAUAGCACUAAAGCAAUAUGUAUGUACUGUAUGAAAGAAUUUAGCAGGGGUAAAAAUGAAAAGGACUUGAGUACCAGUUGUCUCAUGAGACACGUGAGGAGAGCCCAUCCCACUGUACUAAUAAAAGAAAAUGGAAGUAUGCCAGGUAUAUCCUCCUUUUCUUCACCUGCAUUGUUGCUGCCACCUCAGUCCGCAGAUGUUGGAGAUUUGAGUUCUAUGUUAUCCCCUAUAAAACUGGUCAAGAAAAUGGCUUCCAAAAUACCAUCUCCAGAUCGAAUAAUUGAGGAAUCUGUUUCACUUGUUUCUUCUGAAGAAAUAUCAGAUCUCUCAGUUUCUGAAAAGUGUGUCAAAGAAGAAGUCAUGGCUGGGUCAUCUCCACAGCUACCCAACAACCAGUAUGAUGACAAUGCAGAGAAUGUAGCAGAAAAAACUGUUGUAAUUCCAAAGAGCACAUCAGGAUCCAGAAGGAGGUCUGCUGUCUGGAAACACUUUUAUUUAUCACCUCUAGAUAAUUCUAAAGCUGUUUGUAUUCACUGCAUGAAUGAAUUCAGUAGAGGAAAAAAUGGAAAAGACCUGGGAACGAGCUGUUUAAUAAGACACAUGUGGAGAGCCCAUCGUUCCAUUGUCCUGCAAGAGAAUGGGGGUGGUACUAGCAUACCACCUCUCUACAAUGCACCUCCAACCCUGUUGCCUUCUUUAUUACCCUCAGAUAGUGAUCUGAAUUCUAUGUCAUGCUCUCCUGGAAAACUAAUGAAAGAAUCAACUUCUGUUUCUUCUUCUCCAGACAGAAUCUCUGAGGAGAUCCAUACUAAUCUCUCUUCUGGAGAUGCUUUAGUGGAAGACUCAAUGCUGUCAUCUUCUGAUGAUAUAGGUGAAGUCUCCUUUGUUUCAUCUCCUGAGAAACAGUGUGAGGGAUUAGGUCCACUAAUAUUUGAACCUACUGCUGUAUUUCAGCAAAAUAAAAGGAUUAUGAGAAGGCUUAAAUCAGAAGUUUGGCACCACUUUUCUCUGUCACCUGCAGACAGUCUAAAGGCAGUAUGUAGAUACUGCAGUUGUAUGAUAAGUCGUGGUAAGAAAGGAGAUGUGGGAACAAGCUGCUUGAUGAGACAUCUAUAUAGACGCCAUCCUGAUGUAAUUGGAAACCAAAAGAGCUUUCUUGAUAUGGGUUUGGCAAAUUCUCCUUACGCCACUUUGGCUUCUGCAGAAUGUUCAUCCUCAAAGUUGACUGACUUGCCUACAAUGGUUACACAUGAUAAUCAAAUCAUAUUUCCUGUUAAUAGUAAGAAGACCUCAAAACUGUGGAAUCACUUCUCAAUUUGUUCUGCAGAUUCAACAAAAGUUAUAUGUAUGCACUGUGGACGUACAAUAAGUAGGGGGAAAAAGCCAACAAAUCUAGGCACAAGUUGCCUUCUAAGACAUUUGCAGCGGUUUCAUAACAAUGUAUUGCAAACUGAUGCCUCGGAGACGGUAUUAUCCUCAUCUACGGAUAAUCAUAUGCCACUGAGCACAGAGUUACUAGGCUCUUCAAAUUUUGAUGAAACCAAUGAUAAGUUUUGUGACUCUCACCCAGUUGCCAAAAAAAUCACAAGUCUCGUAGCCGAAAUGAUUGCACUGGACCUUCAGCCAUAUUCUUUUGUAGACAACAUUGGCUUUAACAGGCUGCUUGAAUACUUACAACCUCAGUAUUCUUUACCUUCUCCGUCUUACUUUUCUAGGACAGCAAUUCCAGAUAUGUAUGAUAAUGUAAAACAAAUAAUUAUUUCACAUCUUAAAGAAGCUGAAAGUGGAGUGAUCCAUUUUACAUCCGGAAUAUGGAUGAGCAACCAAACACGAGAAUAUCUAACCCUGACAGCUCACUGGGUAACAUUUGAGUCUUCAUUUCGACCACAGUGUGAGGAUUACCAUUGUUCAGCACUAUUAAAUGUAUCACAGAUUGAUUGUGACUACAAUGGAAUCAGUAUUCAAAAGCAGUUAGAGUACUGGUGGGAAACAUGGAUUACUUCCAUUGGCCUUCAGAUUGGGAUUACUGUUACUGAUAAUCAGAGUAUAGAGAAAACUUUAAAUGAAGGUGAUCAUUCAAGUGUACAAUGUUUUAGUCACACUGUUAAUGUCAUUGUAAAUGAGGCUAUUAAAAGCCAGAGAAUGGUUCAGAAUUUGCUUAGUAUUGCAAGAAAGAUCUGUGAACGCGUCCAUCGGUCAGCAAAAGCAAAAGAGAAGUUAGCUGAGCUUCAAAAAGAGUAUGAGUUGCCUCAGCAUCAGCUGAUACAAGAUGUUCCAUCGAAGUGGAAUACAUCGUUUCAUAUGCUCGAACGUCUUAUUGAACAGAAGAGAGCAAUUGAUGAAAUGUCAAUAGAGUGUAGCUUUCGAGAGCUAAUAAGCUGUGAUCAGUGGGAAGUCAUGCAGUCAGUGUGUCAUGCUCUCAAACCUUUUGAAGCUGCAAGCAAGGAGAUGAGUACACACAUGUCUACUCUAAGCCAAGUGAUUCCAAUGAUUCAUAUACUUAACAGGAAAAUAGAAAUGCUAUUUGAGGAAACAAUGGGCAUAGAUACUAUGCUGAAAUCUUUGAAAGAAGCUAUGGUGAGUAGAUUGUCCUCCACACUUCAUGAUCCAAGGUACAUUUUUGCUACACUUCUGGAUCCCCGGUAUAAAACAUCCUUAUUUACAGAAGAGGAGGCUGAACAAUAUAAACAAGACUUAAUCAGGGAGCUGGAAAUAAUGAGUUCUACCUCAGAUGAUGAUAAACCUGUUUCCAAUGGAUGUGGUAUAGGUUCACCAUCUACAAAUUCAUGUGGAGAAGAUAAUCUUUGGUCACUUAUGGGUGACAUGAAGAAAACAAAAGACCUGAAAGAGAGAGCAAAGUUACCAGAGGAAAUGGUGCUUUCUUACUUGGAGGAAGAAGUGCUUGAGCAUAACUGUGAUCCUCUAACUUACUGGAACUUUAAGAAGUCAUCCUGGCCAGUACUGUCAAAAUUGGCUGUCAGGUUCUUGGGUUGUCCACCAAGCAUUGUUCCUUCAGAGAGAUUGUUCAAUACAUCCAAUGAAAGCAACAACUUUAGUCAGUCCAGGUUAAUGAUUGAACACUUUGAAAAGCUUAUCUUUUUGAAAGUGAAUCUUCCUUUAAUAUACUUUCAGUAUUGAAACUAAUGAACAAACUGGUAGACUAUUGUUGCUCACUGGAUAUUAACUAUCUAUAACUUGGAUUUUUAAAUUGCUCCAGUAGGGGCCAUGUAUGACAUCUAAUCAGUGACUAUAAUUCCAAAUUUUAGUUUCAUUUUUUUUUUCAGCUUUCAAUAUGUCUACAUGUGCCUUAUUCAUAGAACUUCAGGCCAGAUAUUGUAUAUAUGUUUUUUAAAAGUUCACACUAGAGAUAGCCUGUCUUGUCAAAUUAUACAAAAUUAUGUAGGUUUUAAUUCAUAAUUGUAAAUGAACUUUAAAAAAGCUCAGUCAUUUGUUUUAAUAGAAGGGC